AUGUCCCCUCCUCGAACGGAUCUCGCUCCCCCAAAGGAUGAUCCCAUUACGUUGGACGAGCUUAAACAAUUCGAUGGUUCACAACCUGGGAAACCCAUCUAUCUCGCCAUCAAAGGCACCGUGUUCGACGUGUCGGAUAAGCCACACAUCUACGGUCCCACCGGCAGUUAUCACAUUUUCGCCGGAAAAGAUGGAAGUCGUGGUUUAGGCAAAUCAAGUCUCAAACCAGAGGAUGCCGUCUCCGAUUGGAGUACGCUUGAAGAUUCCGAAAUCAAAGUGCUUAACCAGUGGUACGACUUUUUUUCCAAGCGGUAUAACAUCGUGGGGAAAGUAGUGUGA